AUGCGCUCUCUCUGCUACGUGCUCAUGGCCGUUGUCAUUCACGGCUGGAAAAGAAAUCAGCUAAUAGCUGCGGACAGCACCCGGACCAACCUCACCGCUCACCACUCUUCCGAUGAUGUUCCUCACACGAUGAAUCAAAUGGCCGUCGCAUCAAGGCUUGAAAAGCCACACGGCUCCGCUUUGGACAAACCCGACCUCCAAGGCCAGACCAACGAAGAUAGGGCAUCUGCGGGGUCAAUUCUAACGGAUUUGGCCUUAAAAGUGGCGGAGACGAUCGUGAAUAUUGGGCCUUUUAAACUGAAGUCUAUCCAGGAUGCUGUCAAGCACAAGAAAGUGAAGAAGACCUUCGAGCAGGGGACGGUCAUGGAUCAGAACAAGUUUGUCUCGCUGCUAGUUGACGAGUUCUCAGUUCAGAAACCUCGUUGGUACUACGGAGAAUUGAUCGACUACAUGCUGAAAUAUGUUACGAGGAACGGAGAAGAAGUACGUCGUGUACAGCCCGAAGAAUUAAUGGAAGCUUUUCAUUCACUUCGUGCAAUACCUGACAUGAAAGAUCACGCCGACCGCCUGCAGGUAAUGCUGUUAAGGAAACACGUGCCCACGCUUUGGGAACCACUGAUUGCUCUAUGGGUGAAGUCGCGUUUGACCCCGGAAGACGUGAGUGGGAUAUGGACAGCUGGUAAGAGAGGCGACUUCCUGAAAGUGUAUCGUGAAAAUGAUGUGGGGGACAGCUAUUUGACCGCUCAAAAUUUGAUAGCGGAAUAUAUCAAGGAGUACGAAAAAGUGAACCCCGAGAGUGAUCGCGCUGCCCACAAAGAGCUGCUGAAGUAUUAUACAAAUCAACAACAGGCUAUACUUCAGGCUCGAGCCUUCAAAUUGGAUCAAAUAAUGACGCACCAUAUGAGUUGA